CAGCUGUCACCGGAUUUGCAGUGUUUUGUAGGGAAUUUUUUGUUCUCCCACAAAAAGGGCGAUUUCUCACGUAUUUUUGCCAAAUAUUUAUCAAAUUUUAGUGUUAAAUUGAAGUUAAGGUGCCCUUCUACCCUCAGUGAUAGUUAUAAAGUGCGAAAAGCGCCAAGGAAGCGGUGAAAAACACUAAAAAUCGAAGGUGAUAAUAGCGAAAGAUUAGAAAAUUAGCACCAGCAAGUCAUCGGUCUUCUGGGGAGCAGAGUCACCUGAGUCUGCGAGGAAGUGUUGAAGAUCUUGUGAGAUGUCAGGGUGAUUAAUCUGGGCAGAUGGAUGAGAGAAGUGAGGCAGAUAAUUGAUAAUUAUCUUAUCGCAUUGUCUUGUGCACUGAGAGGAAAGACAAUGAAGCACUUGAGAUCACGAGAAGCGUAGAGAAUCUUUUGCGUGAGUGUGUUGAAAACGUCCGGGAAGAUGGUCAAUCGGACGCAGAAAUUGAUCCUUGGGACACUUCUGCUGCUGCUGGUGGAUGUCAUCUGGGUGUCAUCGAGUGAACUGACAAAGUUCCUCUAUGAGGAUGACAAUUUCGACAAACCCUUCUUCUGCACCUACUUCAAAACAUCCAUGUUCACCAUCUAUCUCCUGGCUCUGGGGCUGCUGGCGCCCUGGAGAGACUCCUGCCCAGCACCUCAGAGUACCACCGUGGGAAUGAACAAUAAUACACCCAAUUACACCCUGAUGGAUCACAAUGCUGACGAGGACAGCGUCUUCGUCAAUGGCGGGCCUACGACCAGUCUCAGUGACUCCAGCUUCGUCCCGGUCAAAGUCGAGGGAGUUUCCGGGACGGACAGCGACGACAGCAGCAUCCGUAGCGUGAGAUUCAGCAAGAUGGCCGAGGUCAGAGAGAUGUCUCCGCAUGAUGCAACCGAAGCUCUCAUGUCCAGGCUCUCCUACUCGGCCAGUCUCCGGAUGAGGCGCCAGAAGUCGCAUCAUAAAACAGCCCGAACGGCUCUUAUGUUCUCCAUCCUGUGGUUUGUAGCUAAUUAUCUUUUCCAACUGGCCCUGGAACCGAGUGAUACUUCGAUGGUGACUCUCCUGAGCAGCACCUCGAGUCUCUUCACGCUCGUCCUGGCCGCAGCCUUUCCUUCGGCCUCCGGAGACAAGUUCACGCUGUCCAAAGUGACUGCAGUGGCUGUCAGUAUUGCCGGAGUGACGAUGGUGACGCUGUCUGAGCUGGAGGAGCCAAAGAUGUCCAAGGGCAUCUUUCUGGCGCUCACCAGUGCUUUUUUCUAUGCAUCCUAUUUAGUGUUAGUGAAGCGAAAGAGUGAUACGGAGGAGAAAAUUGAUAUACCCCUCUUUUUCGGAUUCGUUGGCUUGUGGAAUUUAUUGCUGCUGUGGCCAAUAUUUUUUGUACUUAACUUUUCCCACGUUGAGCCAUUUGAAUUUCCAAAUCGACAUCAAUUCUCUGUGUUAUUCCUCAAUGGAUUGAUAGGAACUGUUGUGUCAGAAGCACUCUGGCUCUGGGGCUGCUUCCUGACAUCGUCGUUGAUUGGAACUCUCGCCAUGACAUUCCAAAUUCCUCUGGCGAUGCUUUUUGACGUGGUGCUACGUGGAAAAAACUAUCCACUGCUCUUCUAUCUGGGCUCAAUUCCUAUCAUCUUUGCAAUGAUUUUCGUGGCAAUUCUGCUCAAAUACGAAGAUGCUGAUCCAGUACUGAAAAUUCUAAAGAUAGGAUACAGAAAAUUGUGCUUUCUGCGGAAGACAAAUAUUGUGCGCAUCAAUACUGAUCUCGAGGAGCAACAAGAAUGUCUUAUUGAUAAUCAUGAAAACUAAAAAGGGGUUUAGGGGGAGGAGGAGAGAUAAUAAUGUGUGCUAAAAGAGGAAUCAAAGAGGUAAGAAUUCUCUCAACUUGAUAGCUGUGGCCAUUUUCCCACCUGGGAAAUAUUUCUGUUGUUUGUUUGUUUUUUUUUUUUUUUAAACGAAAGAAAAAAGAAAAAUUGUUUUAUUUUUCAUUCAAAAUUUUUAUUUUAGUCUACAAAUUUGUGAUUGUUUUAAUUCCCCCAAAAUUUUUACGUAAAACGUUAGAUAAACAUUCCUAACAAAAUAUUUUUGUUUUAUUCAAUUUUUGAAAUUUUGUUGCAUUUUUUUUUAAUUUUAGAAAUAAUCUUUUAAAUCACAAAAUUUAUGAUAUCGUUCAAUAUAUUUUACGUAUUUUUUUGUAUUAGUGAUAACCCCUUCGUAAUUUUUAGAUUAUAAAAGUCCAAUACAAAAAAAAAUCAACUUUAGACUUUAUAUUAGCCACUGAUAAGAUUGAUAGCAUUUGCUGUUACAAAACAAAAAGAAAACAAAUUAAAUAUAUCUCAUGAAAAUAUAGUGAAAAAAACUAGUUUUUAGGAAUUGAUAAAGUAUUUCUUUGUAACUUGAGAAAUCGAAGCUCUUGAGAUUACGAAAAAAUUGGCUAUUUUUAUAUAAAAAAAAACAAUAAAAAAAAAGAAAUUAAACACGUGCUUAAAAUGACAAGGACACCAUUCCUUUUGAGAAGAUCGCGCAAAAGAGCUUUGUUUUCAUUCAUCACACACAAACACACACAAAAACACAAAUUAAUUGAUAAAGAGAAAAAUAGAUUAAAAAAAAUGUAUUUUUGCUGUUUUAGGGAAUUUUCUGUAGAAGAUGAAAAAACAUGUUUUCAGUAUAAACAGAUAAUAAAAAUACAAAUAAAUAUUUUCAUUGUA